AUGUUCACCAAGUCGAUCGCGCUGGCUCUUGCAGCAGCAGCCUUGUCGCUCGUCUCGGCCCAGACGUGGACCGACUGCGAUCCUACCAAGCAAAGCUGCCCCCCCGACCCUGCGUUUGGCAAAUAUCCAUUGGAGCAUGACUUUGCAUGGGGCCCCAGCCCGGCAAUCAGCGUGUUCAACGGCGCCGACCAGAUCACAUACAGCGAAAAGGGCGCCGUGUUUAAUAUCAGCGCGCCGUACCAAUCGCCGACCCUCCAGUCCAAGGACUACGUCUUCUUCGGCGAGAUCGACGUAGUGGUCCAGGCUGCCCCCGGAAGAGGUAUCGUGACGGCGAUUACGCUCCAGUCAGACGAUCUCGAUGAGGUCGACUUCGAGUUUGUCGGCUCCGACACAAGCUACGUCCAGUCCGCCUACUUCAGCAGAGGCAGAACAGACGGCAGUGGCCGUGGCGGAAGCCACGACGUGUCCAACCCGAUGAGCGCUUUUCACAAAUACUCCUUCCGGUGGAACUCCAAGGGCCUCAAGUGGCUCAUCGACGACAAGGAGGUCCGCUACCUCGACUACGAGCGCGCCAAGGCCAGCGGCCCCAGCCUCUACAUGCCUCAGACACCCAUGAGGCUCAAGAUCGGCACCUGGGCAGCCGGCGGUCCAGGAACAACGGAUGGCGUCGCGAACUGGGCCGGCGGCCGCACCGACUUCAAGAAGGGGCCCUUUGUCGCCUAUUACAGGGCCAUCCGCAUCGUCGACUACGCCGGCGGCGACGGGCCCGGCAAGGACGCCAGACAGUACGUCUACGGUGACCAGUCCGGCACCUGGCAGAGCAUCAAGGUCAUCCAGUAG